CAAAAUGAUAUCCCGCAGAAAACGACAAAACCCCGCACUCUCUCUCUCUCUCUCUCUCUCUCUUUCUCUCUCUCUCCUUUCUCCGCUCCGAACCUCCGAUUCAUCAAAAGCAACGAAAAACCCAAACCCAAACCCUAACCCUCUUCUCCUUCCCCUCUCUCUCUUGCUCUCGCUCUUCGAACCCUAAUCCUAAAUUCUCGAGCGAUAAUGUCGUCGCGGCUCAAGGAUCGCGGCGGCGGAGGGGGCAAAAUCAUGGCAUCGAAGCCUCACAAGCCCCUCCCCGAGUCCACGCCCAAGGAGAAAGGAAGCGUCAUCGUCGGCCGUAGAACCCCCAUCUCCUCCGGUAAGGAGAACCUCAGAUCCAUCUCCAGCGGGCGAUCCUCCGUCGUCCGCCCCAAUCCCGUCCCCAAGAUCGCCGAGAAACCCGCCGCUGCCGGAGUGCGGUGGUCGACCUCGUCCAUGCCGAGAGGUAAGGCCCCUAACUCAUCGGACUUACGUAGGCUCAUGUCCAAUCUCCGCGCAUCUAGGGUUUCGGGUGUAGAUAGGAUGGGGCGAACCAUCGGGAAGGAUCUGGAAGCUGAAACGGGCUUGAGAAGAAGCGUCGGUGGGAUUAGGGUUUUGGAGAAAUGUCAGCAGGGGAAAGGCGUGGUGGAUUCAAAUUCCAAAGACAAGGAGAGGAGAUCGGUUGCUGCGAUUAGGGUUUCAGAGAACUCUAAGGUUUGUGGUUUUUCCAGCUUGCAAUCAGUGAAGAAUGAUUCUAAGAUUUCAAAUUCAAGUUCAGGAAAAUCUGGUGGCGGAGCAGCAAAAGUUUCAGGUGGUUUACGGGCAUGCAGCAACAAAGAAGAUUUUGAUGGAACAGGAGCUGAUUACGUGGAGCUUGCUAAAGGUCGUGGAACUGAAAUGAAUGGGACCGUCAUUGGCAAAGAUAAAGUCAUUGCAGUUUCAAAUAUUGCAUCUACCAAUGGGAAAGUUGUGCCUAGUUCUAAGGUUUCAGAUAAUAUGAAAGAUGGAGGAUGCUUAAUUUCUACUUCGAAUGUUCAAAUUGAUAUAACAAGAGAUUUUGCAGUUGUUCCCCUGAAUAAGGUUAAGAAAGAUUUGGCUGUUCCUGAUUUAGAGUGUUCAGAGAAAGAAACAGGUAAUGGUGUUGUAGUUGGGGACAACCAGGGAAGUAGAAGACAAGCUGACUCGGAUCGUAAUAUGCACUCUGAGGAUAAAUUAUCAGAAAAAAUCACGGUUUUUGAGGAGGCCAGUGGAGAGGGAAAAGUUCAUCCAAUUGGGAGUAAGUACUCAAGUAGGCUGCAUGAGAAGUUGGCAAUGUUAGAAGGGAAAGUCCAAAAAAUUGCUUCUGAAAUCAAGCGGACUAAGGCAAUCUUGGAUGACAACAACCCUGAUGAGUCGAAGCUAAUUCUUUCAGACAUCCAGAGCAAAAUAUCUGCUAUUGAGAAAGCCGUAGGAAAUGUGAUGGAUGGAACUAAAAGUCAAGCUGGUUCAUCUGAUUCAAAGAAAGAUAAUGCUUCACAAAAUAAAAAUGUUGAGAUAGGUCGUGUCGGGAAAGGGGGUGACAUGGCAAAUCCAACAAAAGGUUUGAACAAUGAAGAAUUGGAAGCAAGGUUCUUCCCUCAUCACAAGUUAUUAAGGAAUCGGAGAUCCUCUUCUAUUUCCAGUGAGAAAUUAUCGCAUAUAUCAAACGAAGGCGCUAAUCGGAAACCAGAAGAUGGUUCUUUGAACUACAUUGAUGAAAAUGUCAUUGCAAUGGAGUUUUUGGCUUCAUUAGAUGCUAAUGAAGGUGGGCUUGACAAACAUGGCAAUACUGAUAGUUCAGAACAGGCAGCAAGUGGUGAGCCAGGGGGUGAUAGCACUUCCUCUGCACAAUGUGGUUCUGAUAAUGUGGCUGGUGGCAAGAGCAAGGAGGAGAUUCAGUUGCUCUCAACUGAAACAUUUGAAGAUCUCUUUGAAGAGGACAAUAAGCCUGAAAACAUGGUGGAGCAGGAGGCCGAGAAAACUGAGAUUGAUCAGUUAUGGGAGAUAGGACGCAAGCCUUCAACUGGUGGAUGGUUUGUUUCUGAAGGAGAAGCUGUUCUUCUUGCUCAUAGUGAUGGUACCUGUUCUUACUAUGACAUUGCAAAUUGUGAGAUUAAGACUGAAUAUAAGCCGCCAGGUGGAGUGUCACCCAACUUAUGGGGUGAUUGUUGGCUAAUUCGUGCCCCUGGUGCAGAUGGAUGCUCUGGGAGAUAUGUGGUUGCAGCUUCAGCUGGAAGCAGUUUGAACUCCGGAUUUUGUUCAUGGGAUUUUUAUAAGAGAGACGUUACAGCAUUCCACAUUGAUUUAGAAACACCUGAUUCCUGUCCACAGUCAUUAUCUUCUGUUUCUAGUAGUGGUUUAUCCAAGAGUGCUUCAUCCGCCAUGCCAGCUACAGAAAGACAGCAGUGGUGGUAUAGACCCUGUGGGCCCCUUUUGCUUUCCACUGCUACCAGGCAAAAGGCAGUUAGUGCGUAUGAUAUACGUGAUGGGGAUCUAGUUAUGAAGUGGCAAGUGAACAAUCCGGUGGUGGGAAUGGAAUUCUCAAGCCCUCUUCAAUGGAGAAGCAGGGGUAAAGUGGUUAUAGUUGGAACAGAAGCCAUUUCACUUUGGGAUGUGAAUUCGCUCACUCCACAGCCUUUGAUGUCUGUUUCUUCUGCUGGCAAAAGAGUCUACUCCCUACAUAUUAAUAAUACAGAUGCUGAGUUGGGUGGGGGUGUUCGUCAAAGAGUAAAUUCACUUGAAGUGGAGGGCAAUGAUGGUGUUUUCUGUACACAAGAAAGCGUAAAAGUUUUUGACUUCCGUGUAUUGGGUGGUAUUGGCCUCAAAAUUUCAAGACAUGGUGCAUUUGGACACUCAAUCUUCUCACGUGGUGACUCAAUAUUUAUUGGUAGUACCGAAGCUAGAUUACCAAUUAAAGGUGGUCCACGCUCGCAAGUGCAGCACUACUCGCUGCGGAAAGGAAAACUUGUCACUACAUAUGAAUUGCCUGAAUUCAAUGCUCACUUUCACCACUCUCUAGUGACUCAGGUGUGGGGAAGUUCCUCUCUUGUGAUGGCUGUAUGUGGUACUGGGCUUUUUGUGUUUGAUACUGUGAAAGAUGAAGCAUUGCGCAGUUUUAGCGUUGAUCAAGGAAACACAGUAGAGGUGAAAGUAAAACAAACUAUUGGGUCAGAUGAUUUGUAUUGCCCUACAUUUGAUUAUUUGGGUUCGAGGGUCCUUCUUGUCUCGAGAGACCGCCCUGCUUUCUGGAGGUACUUGCUAUAGCUCUCCUUAUAUAUAUGCAUCACAAAACUUUUCCUGUUAAAUAUGCUAUAAUCUCCUUUUAGUUAUGCAACUUAACGGUUUGUGUAAAGCAUAUUGCUUUAAUCUCAGUUGUAGAAACUUGGAUUCAAGUGUGUUUUUUUUCUUUACCGAAUUGUCCGUUUGUUAGCAUAUAAGAAGCAUUGUUCUAGUCA